AUGAGAUCUAUUCUUGAUACAGAAACAUCGAAAGAUUAUCAAGAUGCAUUAGAUUUCAUUAUCAUGACUGAGUCAUCAGCUAAGAUCAAAUCUUGGGCGCGGCAUAAGAAAUUUGAAUAUAUUGCUGCUGGUCUUCAUCGUGGAUCAUCACUCAUGCCAUUAAUGAUUUUUGAUGAAGUUCGCAAGAACAUAAAUGCGGCGGAGCAAAGCCAUCAUAAAGUCAAUAUCCGUGGUAAGCAGUUAACACUGCUACAGGCUGUCAUACGGGGAUUCGAGCGUGAUAUACAGGAUAUGGAAGAAUACACAACUCGUGUGACAUAUGGCAUUCGAUCUCAUAAUGCUAGCAGCUCUGUUCAUUCACAUAUGUUCCGAUUCAUGCAACAAAGUAAGAACUAA